AUUUUGUGACGCGCUGCGAAUUCAUACUUUUUCGUAUGAUUGCCACUUUGCUCUACCUUUUAAUCAAUCUCAGACGCGCCGGCUACACGUUAAUAAAAGUCAUAAUGGCGGAACAACGUGAAAGAACUUUCAUCAUGAUUAAACCUGAUGGUGUCCAACGUGGACUUGUUGGCACCAUCAUCGAACGGUUUGAGAAGAAGGGAUUCAAGUUAGUCGGCCUCAAAUUCGUGUGGCCCUCGGAAGAGUUGCUACAGAAACACUACAGCGAUUUAGCGUCCAGGCCCUUCUUCCCUGGUCUAGUUAAAUACAUGAGCUCCGGACCCGUAGUUCCCAUGGUAUGGGAAGGCCUGAACGCUGUGAAGACCGGCCGUCAGAUGCUUGGAGCUACCAACCCAGCUGACUCUCAACCCGGCACUAUUCGUGGCGAUCUCUGCAUUCAAGUUGGCCGCAACAUUAUUCACGGUUCCGACAGUGUUGAAUCCGCCAACAAGGAAAUCGCACUCUGGUUUGGAGAAAAAGAAGUCGUCGGGUGGACGCCGGCUGCCGAAAACUGGGUUUAUGAAUAAAUUAUAGCCAUAAUUCCGUUUAUAAGUGUUAUAACCUUUUACCACGUGUAAAUAGGUUAGUUAAUGCUUUUAAGUUUACAUUCAGUGAUAUAUAUUAAAAACUCAUAAUCUAAUCUA